AUGGUCUCCCACCUGUCCGUAGUGACCACUGGCGUGAUCGAAGAGGCGAUGCGUCGCAAAAGGCUUCAGAGAAGUCAAGGCCAGGAGGAGUUGCCAGCCCUAAGCCCUGCUGGAGACCGUCAAGGCCAGGAGGAGUUGCCAGCCCUAAGCCCUGCUGGAGACCGUCAAGGCCAGGAGGAGAGGCCAGCCCUUAGCCCUGCUGGAAACCGUGACACAGCCGCAGCUGCCACCCUCCCUUCCACUCGUGCACCAUGUGCACAAUGCCAAAGGCUAAAGGAGGAACUGGCCAUCACCAAGAAGUUUUUGGCUUGCCAAAUGGAGAACAAGAAGUUAAAAAAUAUGAAUAGUGCAGAAAUCCAAAAAGACAGCCUAAUGCAGUCCUCAAAACAUUCUUGGUUCAUACAGAACUCUCCUGCCCUGAUUACAAAGGCGCUAGACCAACUGAAGAGUGACCCCAAAUCAACAUGGUCCCUGCUUCGCUUUUUCAGCCUCCUGGGAGGGUACCUCAUAGCGACCACUGGACACCGUAAGGGUGUCCUGGUCAAUAUGCUGGUCACAGAGCUCCAGGAGGCCGUAAAAGUAUCCCGAGGGCGCAGGGUGAUAAGGGUGAAGCAACAUAAAACGCAGCGCUACUUUGGGGAAGCGUCGAUACCCUUGAGGGCUGACGAGUACAGGUGGCUGCACACGUAUAUUGGCAUCAGGGGUGAAGUGGAAGUUGGCUCAGCCUGCACCUUUUUCCACAUCUCCAGUGGACAGCCAUUGUUAAAGCUGCCCACAUAUUUCAAAAAUCAGUGGGAAAGGUUCGGGCUGGGCCCUGCACCCAACUUCAACAUGCUGAGAUCGUCUGUGGCAACUUAUUCAAAGAGGCAGCACGGGAGGAAGUGCUACGAGAGGGUUGCCACAUUCAUGUGCCACGACCCCAUAACGGCCAAAAGGUUUUACCAAGCCUCUGAUCCAGCAGAGGAAGCCUUUAAUAGCAGGACCUUGACUAUCAUGGCUGUCUCGUCCUAUGCGGGCAAUCACACUUCAACAGAGUCGUCCGACGACUGGAAACCUCCCAAAAGGAAAAUUCGCCACCCGUUACCGGAGGAGGAGGAGGAACAACUCCGACAGGGACUCAGUCCGGAGGAGGAGGGACUCCGACAGGGACUCAGUCCGGAGGAAGAGGAGGAGGAAGAAGAGGGACUCCGACAGGGACUCAGUCCGGAGGACGAGGAGGAAGAGGGACUCCGACAGGGACUCAUGCCCUUUAUGGGGAAAAGAGGAAGAGAUCUGAGGAGGAAGAGGGACAUAAUCAGGAGGCUGAGCAAGGACUCCGACUCCGUCUGGAGGCUGAGGGGGGGACUGGGUCCGGAGGCUGAGGAGGGGACUGGGUCCGGAGGCUGA